AUGACUGGGCCUGCUCAUCUGGAGGAACAUAAGUCAGUCAAGCUAUCAACUCACGCAGUAUUCUUCAUUGGAACGCCGCAUCAAGGAGCAGAAGGGGUCGAUCUUGCCCAAAUACUCACGAAAGUCCUAUCCUUGUUUUCAAACACCAACGACACGCCAUUGCAAGAUUUGAAGCGGAAUUCGGAUCGGCUCGUUGAUCUGCAAAGACAGUACAACGCCAUCAGUCACGAAUUCAAGACAGUAUUUUACUAUGAAACUCGCCCAAUGUCAAUACCACUGCGUGGUCGACUUCUGAACCCAACGCAGGUCGUACCCGAGUUUUCAGCUGUUGUAUUUGGGGCGGCGAAUGCGGAAGCCAUUCCACUGGAUGCUGAUCAUUCCACGAUGGUGAAGUUUACCGGACCAAAAGAUGACAACUUUUUGAACGUUGCCACAAUGUUGCAUCUUUACUGUACGGAGGCGACUGCAAGAAUCAUAAGAAACUGGGAGAAUUGGAGCUCCAUAAGAGAACAUCACAUCCAGCAUGAGAGUAGCAGCAAUAUUGGACAAAUUCCCAAAGAGUUUAAAACAGGAGUUACCUUCAAGAAUAUUUGGAAUCGCCAUUUCACUGGCAGAAAUCAAACUUUGGAGUCCAUGGACCACCUUCUCCGACGGGAGCCAGAUCAACUGGAAACUCGCGUGGCCGUCAUUUACGGCCCAGGAGGGAUAGGCAAAACACAGCUCGCACUCGAGUAUGUCCGGAGGCAACAGCAACAUUAUGGAUCGGUCUUUUGGAUCGAUGCUCAUCGUCCGGACACAUUCAAAACGAGUGUUAAAGAGUGUGUCAACCACAUUCUAUCGCAUUACAAAGUUCGAGGAAUAACAGACAGUCCACGAUUUGGCUUUCUAAAAGAGUAUAUGGAUCUGGGAAGGGCGAAAGAGGCUUUCCUAGCGUGGCUGGCAUACGAAGAAAACAAAUCGUGGCUACUCAUAAUCGACAAUCUCGAUGACCCUGAAAGUGUCAGUUUAAAGGAAAUUCUCCCUUCUACUAUAUGGGGAUCUGUUCUCGUCACUAGCCGAAGAUCAGACUUGGCAGUCAGUUGGAACUCAAUUGAAGUUCCCUUAAUGAAUCACGACGAAAGUUUUGGUCUUCUCAUGCGAAGCAGUAACUCAUAUCCCGAGACUGGGACAGAAGAACAUCGAAGCGCUGAGGCUAUCAUUCAACGGCUUGCACAUUUACCGCUCGCAAUAUCACAAGCAGGAGCUUACAUAGCGAUGCAUCACAGUCGAAUACCCUUUAAAACAUACCUCGAUCUGUACGAAAAAUAUCCAAGAGAUAUCUUGAGCCGAAGGGCCCGGAUGGUAGAUUGGGAUAUGAAAGACGACACCGUGCUUACUACAUGGGAAAUCUCUUUUGCCGCAGUGCAGAAGAAAAUGCCAGAAGCCGCCACGAUGCUGCUGAUAUCAGGCAAUCUCGCACCCCAAAGGAUUUCUCAUGAGCUUUUCGCUUAUGGGGGUUUCUUUUCUGGUAAGCUCAAUCCAUCAAUCACCUGA